AUGUUCUUUUCAUAAUUAACACCACACAUAGUGGCAUCGUUAUAAGGCACAACAAUAUAGCAACUUAAUCCGACAAAAGACUCGAGUGGUUUAGCAAUAGCGAAUAUAUGUUUCAGCGAAGGCGUUCAUUAUUGGGAAAUCGUAUGCCCUUUUAAUACAGAUGGAGUGAAAGUAAGGCGUAGUCCUAAUUGCAGAUUGGCAUAUCCAAAUAGUCAUCUCCAAGUGAGAAUUUUGAGGGACACCUAUUCGAAUUUAAAACGACAACUUAGAGAGUGGUGGGUGUGCUUCUUAAUUUCAACGAGCAAUCACUAUAAUUUUACUUGAAUGGCAAUCUGAGUACAAACAAAGGGUUACAAAAGGGGAGUCUUGUUUAAUGUCCAUGGUACCCUUGUGUUAGGUUAUCACAAUAUGGGAAUUCGGUGCAUUUGACAAUGAAGUAUGAGGAUUUAAGUGUAGUAGAGAAUAUAGAAUAAGUUAAGCUUGAGACUUAGGAAGUAUAGCAUCGAAAUCCUUAAUUUUUGAUAAAUAAGUAUUCCUAAUAUGAUAUAGUUAGAAAUGAAAUUCAUUAAUAGGAAGAUAGAUUAGUGUCUGUUCGAAAUUGCCCUUUGAUUGGAUAAUAAAUUCUAAAGGCUGAAUUAGAUGUACUCAUAAAGAUGAAUUUGGUCAUUUGCAAUUAUCAUUAAGACGAUGAGAUGGUAUAUUUGAUAUUGGAUGAAUAAGCAUCAAAGAAACUUAAAAGAUUAAGAUAGUAUUUAAAGCAUUAUGUGCGAAAAUUAAAGGAGAGAUUUGAAUGUAAACCAAAAGAAUAGGAGAAGGAUUAAUUAUUAGAAGACAUUACGUAAAUGCUACCAAAUAAUGAGGACAUUAUUUAAGAAGAAAAGAAAGAUGAAUAUCAAUAUAAAUAUUCUAUAGAGUAAUGCAAGAUAGCUGAGAGAAUAAUCAUUUAAUUAAUUGAACAAUUUGAAGAUGUUACAACAAUUGAUUCUGCAAAAAUGAGAUUAUAAACAUUCACUGACCAUCCUGCAACACAAAACCCAUUUAAUGUUGUUGAAUAUGGAUUAUAUUUAUAACCAGGUUGUGGAGUGAAGUAUGCCUAUUGUGAUGAUGAAAUCAAUAAAAAUGGAACUAGAUAUUCUAAAUUAAUAUUAAGAAGUGAAAUUGUAGCAUCAGGUUAAAGAAUUCCAUGUAAAAGUGAUCGUUAUUUCUCUCUUAAAAAUCAAGAUUAAAUUACUAUUUAUAAUGGAGAAGCUGAACUUUUUAAAGUAAUUGAUAUAGAUUUGAGAUAAUUGGGACCUUAUUAAAAAAAUAAGAAGAAAAUUGAAGUUUAAUCUGAAGAGACACCAAGUCAUAUAUAUAAAAUAUUGGAAAGUUAUAUAACUGGAGAAACUGAAUAAUUACCAUUAUAUGAUUAAGCAUUACUUGAGAAAUUAAUGGGAAUGGGCUUUGAAGAAUCAACUUGUAAGGAAGCUCUUAUUUAAACUAAUAAUAAUUUUGAUAAUGCACUUGAUAUUGUAAGUAGCACAAGUGGAGAAUGGCAAUGUACAGUUUGUACUUUAUUAAAUAAAGAAACUAAUUAAACUUGUGAAGCUUGUGAAGCACAAAAACCAGAAGAACAGGUAGAAUAAUUUGUUAUAAAAUAAUAAUUGUAAAUUUAAUAAGAAUAAGUAGAAGUAGAAGAAAAUGAAGAAAUCAAUCCAGAUUUAAAAGAUAAAAUUACAGAAGGUAAUAUUGAUUAUGUUACAGUUAUUCAUUGGAAUAGCAAUAAUACUGUGUUCCCUAUUUUAGUAGCUAGUGUUCAUAAUAAAAAUGUACUUUCUAUUAAAUUCAUUUCAUACAGUUCAAAUUACUUAGAUCAAUUUUUUAUCAAUGAUGAUGGAUAUUAUUGUGUUUUAACCAAUUGCUGGAGUAAAAAUAAAGAUUAUGCAUUAUUAUUACAAUCAGAUACUAGCAGAUAAAUUGUUGAAACUUUAGCUCCUUUGUAUAGUAAACAUUCGAAGAAAUUAGAAAUGAUUAAAGCUAAUCAUAAAGCUAUUUAAGUAUAACAUGAUAUUAAAUCUAUUGAUACUGCUAUCUGGAAUAAUAGACUAUACAUAUUUUUGCUUGGUGAUUAAGUAUUUAGUAUUUAUGAGAUCUCUCAAAAUUCUUAGAUUGAAUUUAUCAAAUUAAUUUCAGUUGGAUACAAUUAUAAUUUAAUCAUUUCAAAAACUAAAUGUUUAGUCAAUGGUUUCAUUAAAAAUUUUGUUAUUGACUCUCGUUUAAAUGUCUCCGAAAUCUAAGAACCAAUACAAAAUGCUCACAUAAAAGAUAAUAUCAUUUGUUAUGAGAGCAACAAUCAAAUCAAACAUAUUGAAGAUAAUUCAGAAAUUUUAGAGAAUAAUAUCAUUUAAAGUGAAGAAGUUUAAAUAUUCUAAACUGUUAUUGAUGAUAUUCAUAUGUAAAAAUUCUACAUUGAAGAUAAAUUCAUUCAUAUACACAUCAAAGCUGUUUUUGAAGGUCCAAUUGAAGAACCAAAACAAAUUUUAUUAAUGAAUAGUCCUUUAACUGUCAGUGAUCCAUAAAAGUUGGCUCUUACUGUACAUUCAUUCAGAGGGGCAUCCUUUAAUGAUUAAACAUUUGUCACUUAAAUGCUUUAUGAUAAUAAUAAACCAUUUUCUAGUAACUAUCCAAAAACUUAAUUCAUUUUUAGAAGCCAAUUUGAUGAAGUCAUGCUUGUAGAUCAUGUUAUUAUUAAAAGUGAAAUUACAAAUGUUUUUAAAGGAUUUCCAAUUGGAGCUGGAUUAAUCUUUAUUUCAAAAGAAGAACAUGAAUUAUUUGAUACAACAGAAUUUGAUAAUUUUGAUAAAUAAUAAUAUGAAUCAUGGAAAUUAAAUCAUUAAAGCUUAUAUGCAAAUGAACCAGUAGGAUACUUUGAAUUUGAAGCUGAUUCUAAAGAAGUUCUAUGUUAAUUAGAAGUUAUAAGACCUUGUAAAUAUAUUAUGCUUAAACCAACUAAUUUCAGAAAAACACCUCAUAAUCACACAGCUCAUUUUUUAACCAACUCUAUUGAAAUCAAAGGCUUUGUUGCUUAUGGUAAAGAAAUUCCCAAAAUUUAAAAUGAAUACUCAAAUAUUGGAACAAUAUCUGAAUGUCAAUUAUUAAAUGAAUUAAGAAAAAGAAUUGAUCUACCUGAUAAAUUAACAGUCUAAUGUAAAUAUCAAGGUAUCAAUGGAUAUCCUAGCAAUGGUAUAAUUGAAUUUGACACUGUAUUUUCAGGUGAUUUUAUUAUUAAACCUUAUAAGGAUUCACAAUUUCAAUUAUUAAAAAUUACAGUUACUGGUAAAAAAUACAAUAACUUAUAAAUCAAUUAAUUAGACAAUCUAAUUGAAUAAGUAUAUCAAAAAAAACCAGGUGCUUUGACUGUUCUUAAUUUGUUUAUGAAAAAAGAAUCAAAAAAAGUCUUAGAACUAAUCAAUCUAUAUAAAUUUAUCCUAGGUAAUGUUCUAUCUUAAGAUGUUAAUGAAUAAGUAACAGACUUUUUCUGUCAACUCUAAUAACAUGAUGAAUUUCAUGACAUCAUAAUUUAAGUGGCAUAAUAGAUAUUAAACAAAAUUGAAAAAAUAGUCUUAAUAGAAAGUGGCUUAGAAUACUUUUUGGGAUUAAUUACUUAUACAGCUAAAUUUAAAACUUAAGAAAUUACUGAUAUGGCAAUGAAAUCUUUAUUAUUUGCUUUGUAAAAAUUAAAAAACCUUUAACAUAAAGAUAUGUUCUUGUUUUCAACUAAAUUUGGAGGACCUUAGGGAUAAAUUUAAAUCUAAGAAAUUGAUGAACCCUUAAUUGAUUAAAAUGAAAACUAGAAAUCUUUAAUAUGUUAAAAAGAUCCUCUUUCCUAAAUUUUAAUAAUGCAACUAUCAAAUAAAUAAUAAAUAAGAAGAUUUGAAGUCAAUCUAUUAGGAGAAUUUGAUAUAGAGAAGUUAUCCUUGAGAUUCCAAUAAACUUCUAACUCUGUUAAAUUCAGAGUCUAGGUUUGGGUAGAUAAUUUAGUCUUAGAUUAAGUUUAUGAUGAAUGGACAUUUGUACAAUUUACUGAUUAUGUUCAUAAAUGUCCCAAUUAUCAUAAUUAUAAUUGUUUACAUAUUACACUAAAUGGAGUUAGAGCUCGUAAAUUAUUGGUACAAUUAACUUUGGGAAGUGACAAUUAUUAUUCAAAACAAGCAGCUCAAUUGUAGAUACCAUAAAAUUAUUUAACAGUUAUACCAGAAUUUUAUGGAUCCCUUAUAAAUGCUGAAUUGAGUCCUUUAGAAAUUACUGAAGAUUUUAGAUAUAAAACUACUUUAUCAUUAGGAGACACUGUUUAUUAUGUUUAUUAAUCAGAUCAAUCAAUACUCAUGGAUUCAUACAAUGUUUAUAAAAAAACUGAUUUAACUGAUCAUUAUAUUGUAAUGUCAACCAAAUCAUUAAGAAGAAAUGCUGAUUAUCUAGAAUAAGCUAUUUAUAAAUUAUAAUCAGAAAUGUAAUUAAAAGAAAAAUGUAAAUUGCAAACCAGUCAUCUUUAGACUCUUAUUGAAUAAACACAACUUGAAUUUUUGAAAGUUGCUCCUCCAAGAAAUUAUGAAAACAAUUCAAAUUUCUUGACUGUAUUUUCAACCCUUCUAUUGAGAAUGUUAAUUGCUGUAUCUGGAAAAGUACCUGAUGCUAUAGAAUUUAUUCAUCUUGUCAUUUCAUUAGGAGAUCUAAAAGGCAUAACUGAUUUAGCUUUAUAAUUCAUUCAAAAGAAAGUAAAAUAAUAAAUUCCUGAUUAAGAAUGGAAUUAAUUGAUGUUAGAAUAAUUAACAAGUCAAAAUCCCCUAAAGAAAAAGUUAUUACAUUAGUUACCUAUUCCAAUAUUAGAAUCAUUAAAUAAAUUAAUUGAAUUAAAUGAUGAUAUUCUCUAUGAAGCUCUCGUAAUUUAACUCUAGAGAUUGCCCUAAUAAAAAUAAACAGAAGAAGGAAAUCCUGAUAAUGAAAAAAUAUUAGUAUUAGUUCUUGAAUUUCUUGUUAAUGAUAAAAAGUUUAGAUUAAAUUUGUUAUAAAAUGCUCUAUCAAAAUGUACAGCUCUACAAAUUAAGAAUUCUUUUAAUCACAAAAUUUUUAGUGAUUUAUUUACAAAAGGAUUAUUAUAACCUGAGAAAUUAAAAACUCUUUUGGACAUGCUCAUCUAACCAAGAUAAUUAGAAAGUAGAUUUACAGAUUGGGCAGCUACACUUUCAUUAAGUGAUUAAACUAAUAACAUUUUGUAAAUUGAGAAGGACAGUUUGAUAUAUAUAUCAAAAUACAUUAUUUACUUUUGUUAAUCCUACAUAAAGGACAACGUUGAAUAAUUAACAAUUGAUAAUUUACUUUUGUUAUUUGAUUUUCUAACAAGAAGUGUUAAAAAGGUAAAUAAAUUAAAAAUCAGAGGAAACAAUAAAUAAUUAACUGAUUUUGAGGAUUUCUUAUAAAGAUAACACAUCUAAAUUUGUUAUCCUGACACAAUAAAUAGAUUAAUAAUUCUAUUAGAGAAAUCAGAGAAUUAUUUGAUUUGGAAUAAAGUAUUAAAAGUUAUAUUGAUGAUAACUCCUCAACUCUAAAAUGAAUUAUAAAUAUAUAAUAGAGUUAUUCAAUCAUACAUAGGAUGCAAAUAAAAACUUUUAAUGAAUGAAUUACUCUAAUUCACUUUAAAUUUAGGUUAACAAUAAGUACAAUAAAAUUAAACAUGUUCUCAAAUAAUUGAUUCUUUACUUCCCUAUUUGGGAUUAAAUGACAUCAACCAUAUAUUCAUAGUUUUUUCAUAAGAAGUGUAACAUAUUUAUUUGAAUAAUGUGAAUACCUUACUAAAAUACCUUGGAAUGUAUAUACCUUUCUUAGGAGGAAAAGAUGGUAUAAUAAAUGCAGAUAGUCAAGUAAUUCAGUAAUUGGAACUCUGUUAAUCGAUGAUCUAUUUGCUCUUGUAAAGUGAAUAAACACUCAUUCAAUUAAAUGAAAGUCCAGACUUAAACCAUUUAUUUGAAUGGUAUUGUAUAAAUUCUUACACAGGAAAUACAUUACAUUCAUAUUCAAGUUAAUUGCUUAAAUAGAUGAGUGAUUCAUUAGAUUAAUUAUUUGAACUAUUGCCAUGUAAAUAAUAUAUGUUAAAACAAUUAUUCAAAUAGUAAUACUAUAUAGAUGAUGUGAUAGUGAAUUAAUAUGAGAAUAAUUAGAUCACUUCAUAUACUGCACACACAUAUACAACUCAAAUUUUGGAAGUAAUUCAAUAAUAAUUUGAUAAAUAUUUAAUCUCAGACGAUGUUGCUUAAUAAUUUUAAUCAGACAUUUAUCAUUACUUAAUAAAUUAAAUAAUUAAAGAGAAACAAAUCACAUAGGUUUAAUUUUUAGAAGAAGAAUUUGGUAGUAAAAUGAAAAUUUUCAAUUUACCAGGUUAAAAUAUUUCUAAUUAAGAUUGGCCUUUACAUAAGAAAGGAGCAAAGAGCAGAUUAGCUCUUAUUACUCUUCCAUAAGGAAUGAGAAGUGAAUAUUAAAUGGUUUUCUAAUUUGACAAUGAAAUCGAAAUAAAAAAUAUCAGAUUAGGAAUUCAGACAUUCACUGCUGAUUUUGCUGAUAAAUAACUAGGCACACCAAGUAGUAUUUUAUUAGAAGUAGGAAAAUCAUUAGAAGAACUCUAUCCAAUCUCAGAAAUGUAAUUAAUUAAUGAUGAACAUUACUCACAAUUUUAAGUUAAAGUUUUUUGUUAUAAUUCAUAAGUUAUGAGUAAAUAACAAUUACCUUAAGGUCAAUCUAUUAAAUUUAUAAGUUUUAGAAUGAGAUAACCCUAUGUAGAAUAAUUGGAUAUUUCUAGAGCUGUUAAAAAGUUGUGUUUGGGUAUCAGUUUUAUUUCAGUUCUUGGUUAUGCUGCAAAUAAAUAAAAAGUGGAUUUCAUUUAUACUUUAUAAGAAAAAACUGCUAUUGAUAUAUUAUCCAAAUUUUGUAAACCAAAUUAUUAGAAGACUUUGCAACAGUUAGCAAAUGAUUCUAUUGUUUUAGAGCAACUUUAAAAUAAUAUAAAUAAGUUUAUGAAUGCACUUAAUUCUUAUUCAUUUUAAUUAAGUCCCUUAAUUUUGGCAAUUGCUAAGUAUAAUUAUUAAGUUGGAGAUUGGUUAGUUGUCAAGUUAAUGGAAUAUCCAGAAUAAUCACACAGUAAAUUGCUUAGUUAAAUUAUUUUGGAAGGCGAACAUGUUCAUGAAAGAUUCUUGAAAUUACACAAUCAUCUUUUUGAAAAACUUAUGGCCCUGCAAAUUAAUAAUCAUUAAUAAUAGGAUCUAUUAUGGUAUGAAAAAUUAGCUCAACAUUUUAUAGAAUCCUAUUGUAAUGUACUUUUAUUAUAAAAUAGCAAAUUGAAAUAAAGAGAACUAAGUUUAAAUAUUAGUAAAAAUGAUAUUAUUCAUCUAAUUGAAUUAUUUUAAUUGUUACAUAACAAACAUGCGAGACAUUUGCUUAUUAAAUUGAUUGUAACAAUUACUUACCUUCCACAUCCAUAUUAAUAAAUUGAAGAAAUUGAAUAGAUAUUGUAGUUUACUUUGGAUAAAAGUAAAACUUAACCAUAUUUCUUUGAAGUUCUUGGACCACUGGCUUUAGGAAAUAAAGUAAGUAUUGAUUGGAUUAUAAAUUAAUUGGAUUCAAUUUUUGGUAAAUUUGAACUUUAAUAUGUUAUCUAAUUCUUUUAUACUCUAUCAACAAAUAAAUAGAUAGCUGAUCAUCUUCUUAAAUAUCUUCUACCUCUUUAUAAUCAAUUGAUAGAGGAACCCACAAGUAAAACAAUUUUAAAAUAAUUGGAUGAUAAAACAAUAGAAUUGGCCUCAAAAUUUAUAAGUUACAUGGUCUAAAAAUAUCAUGCAAAAUUCAUAAUUGAAGCAUUAAUUAGAGAUAUAGGAAGAUUAGAAGGGAAUAAAGAUAUGAAAUUUGUUCGAUCUUUGCUAGUUCCUAUUCUUAAUAGUGAAGAUUAUGUAUUUUUAAAAAUUCAAUUUGAAGAUCAAGGUAAAUAUAUAAUGGAUCCAAAAUUAGUUGUUUCUAAAUAAAUUGAUAAUAAUUAAUAGCAAGAUGAAUUAGUUUUCGAUUCAUAAUUAUUAACAAUAAAAUAAAAGGAUUAAUUAUUUACACAUAUUAGUGAAACUUAUUGGAGUAAGGUUGCUUAUCAAAAAAAUGAUGGAGAUGCAGAUAUGCUUCCUCAUUUAGAAGAUAAAUUCUUUAAUGCAACACCUUAAAUGAUGGUUAUCAAUUAUAGAAUAAACAAUGUUGAUAAAACUAUUAUUUUAUAUCAUAAUGUAAAAUGCACAAAAACAUAAAAAUUAGAUUUAACAUAUAGUUGGAGUUAAGGUAAAAUGAAGGUGUUUUAUUUUAAUGAAAAUAACUUAAUUACAAAUUAAGAAAUUGAUAUGAACGCUUUUAUCGAAAUAUAUGAUGAGUAAGGCACAUUAACAUUCUAAAAUAACGAUCAAGUAUUAUUGGAAAUUGAAUAUGUUCCAGGAGAACCUUCAAGAAUCAAUUUAACCUCUUUAAAUUUAAAGGAUUAAGGAACUUUAGAUAAUUUAAAAAUUGAAUAUUAUGUCUCUGGAAUCAGACCUUAAAAGUAAAAGAAAACAUUACCUUAAAUUAAUAUACCAUAGGAUACUACUAGUUUACUCUUCUCUAAUUAUGAGACAAAUCAAUCUUUAUAAUAUUACAGUGUUGUUCCUGUCUACUAAUUGCCUAGUUAAUUAAAGUUGUGUGAAUUAAAAUAAUUGAUUGCUUUUAAUAAAUAUGGAUUAAAAUAGGAAUCCAAUUUGUUUGACAAAUAAACUAAAUUAGGUGAAUUACCUACAAAUCAAUAAAAUAUUAUUGAAUUAGUACUCAAUGCAAAGGAAUUUAUAGAUAAUAUUCAACCAAAGACAUCAACAUUCACAUAUCCUUAGUAAUUAACUAUAUUUCCCAUGUUUGAAGAACUAAAUGGUGUAAAUGCUAUGUUAUCAGUAAUUAGAGAAGGUAUAGGAUAAUGGAAGAAUUAAUAGAGAGCUAAUGCUUGGCUUUAAUUUUUGAAUGAAUUACAAUCAUUUUGUUAAUUGCCUAAUUUUUUCAAUUUGUUUAUGAAGAACUAAUAAUGUGUAAAUUUAUUAUUUGAUUUAAUUGCUGGUCCUCCAGAUUCAAAUAAUAAUAAGAAAUUAGAAGAGGAAGAAUAAAAUGCUGUUAAAUUUAUUUAUACAACUCUAGUUAAUGUUUUUAGUGCUAGUAGUGGACCUGAAGUGAGAAUAAAAGCUUUGGAAUAAAACUUAAUUAAACAAAUUUUGGACAGAAUAGCUUUGGUAAGUAAAGAGACUAAAAGAGUAUUUAGAAAUGUAAUUGAAGAAUAAGCAGUUUAAGAGUAGCUUUAAAAAAAUAAUUCUUUAUAAAAAUCAACUAAAUAGAAAAGAGGAGUAGGGUAUGCAAGUGAUAAUACUGGAUAAAAUUAAAAAUGGAAUACCAUCGAAUAUGUAGAGAAAAAAACAUAGAAAUCAUAAUAAUUGAUAGGAUUACUAGGAAUUGUGGAAUCAUUCUUUGAUUUUUAACAUUGGCAUCCUAGUGAAGAAUUAUUACAUAAAUUAAAAAAUACAUUAUUUGAAAGUGCACUACUUCCUUUAUUGGAAAGUGCCUUUAGAAGUGGUUCACUUCUGGAAAUAUCAAAAGAAUUCGACUUAUAUUGUAAGUAUUUGAAGAUAGUUUAAUCAAUGUCUCAUCAUAAAGUAUUGGCUAGUGUUUUCUUGAAGAUACCAGAAUAAUAUUACCCUCCUUAAACAUAAUCAUUAUUUGAAUUGUUAACAGCAUUAGCAGAUACUUCUAAAAUCUUUUUAAAUUGUAUUUAAAAUAAUCGUAAGAAGAAUGAAGAGGAUGAACAUUCUUUUGAGAUUGCUAAAUUGAUAAUAGAUACUCAUAAACGUAUGGAGAAUUGUAUUAAUAAAAUGAAUGAUAGUGGUAGCAGUAGUAAUGAAGAAGAUGAAAGUGAGCAAUUGAAAAAAUAGAAAGAAUUAGCUAAUCAAUUAAUAUAAGAAAUACUAUCAAAAUAAUUAGCAGAAGCAUAUAGAACAUUAUUGUCUGAUUUAAGAUUCAGUUAUAUAGAUAUGAAAGUAGGUGGUAGAUAUAAACAUCAUUAUUCUGGAAAUAUUUCAACUCAAAUAAAUUAAGAUAAAAUUGUAAGAUUGGCAUAAGAAUUUGCAGAUAUGUCAACAUCAUUACCAAUAGAACAUACGAAUGCAAUAUUUGUAAGAGCUGACAAAGAACGUGUGGAUGUGAUGAAAGCUCUAGUUAUGGGUGCAAAAGGGACUCCAUAUGCACAUGGUGCUUAUCUUUUUGAUAUAUAUGCAGAUGACUCAUAUCCAAAUGCUCCUCCUAAAAUGAAUUUAUCUACAACUGGAAAUGGAAAAGUGAGAUUUAAUCCAAAUUUAUAUAGUUGUGGAAAAGUAUGUUUAUCUCUUUUGGGUACUUGGAGAGGAAAUGCAUCAGAGAAUUGGGAUCCAAAAAUCUCUACCCUACUCUAAGUAUUAGUAUCUACUUAAGCUAUAAUAAUGAGUGAAGAAGUAUAUUUCAAUGAACCAGGAUUUGAAUAGGAGGCGAAUACAGAAGAAGGGGAAAAGAAAAAUGAGGGUUAUUCAAAUAUUGUAAGAUAUUGCAAUAUUAAAUAUGCUAUGAUAGAUUAGAUUAGAGAUCCUCCUAAAGGAUUUGAAACAAUUAUAAGAAGACACUUCUAUUUGAAGAAAUAAGAAAUCUUAGAGGAAUGUAAUAAAUGGAUUGAACUUGCAGAUACAAAGGAAGCUGUAUAUACAGGAUUAUUGAAUGACCAUAAUUCUAGUUGGUGUAGUGAAUUUAAAAAGAAUAAGAAAGCAUAUCAUAAGAAAUUGUGUGAAGCUGUAAAGGAAUUGGAAGAUGAAUUAAAUAAAAUAUAACCACCUUCUGCAAUUGAUUUAGAAGGAUCCAGAGUUUUAAAGACUCAUAUUAAAAAACAACCAAAAGUGAAAAAUGUAAAAGACGGAAUGGCUAAUUUAGAUGAAGUAGAUGUUACAUAUACAAAGAUACAAUAGAAAGAAUUUGAAGCUAAUGAUGAGAAUGUUUUAGAUAGAUGGAGUAGAUAUAUAGGAGCUAUGGGUAUGGAUGCAGUUAAAAAAUAAACAAAUAGUUGUGUAUUAAUAUCAGGAAUUGGUGCUUUGGGUAUUGAAGUAGCAAAAAAUAUAGUUUUGUCUGGAGUUAAAAUGUUAACUAUUCAUGAUGAAUCUAAAUGUUCAUAAUAUGAUCUUAAUGGAUAGUUUUUCAUUGAAGAAAAAGAUAUUGGUAAAAAUAGAGCUGAAGUAAGUUGGGAAAAAUUACAAUAACUCAAUUCAUAUGUUAGAGUAAAUUAUGAAACAGUAGAACUACUUAAUAUAGAUUUCACUAAAUAUAAUAUUGUUGUCGUUUGUGCUUCAUAUUCAAAUGAUUUAUUAUUCAAAUUAUCCUUAUUAUGUCGUUAACAUAAAGUAAAAUUAAUUAUUAGUUCAGUCGAUGGAGUCUUUGGAAGAGUUUUUAAUGACUUUGGUUAAUAAUUUAUUGUUGAAGAUAAAAAUGGUGAAUAGACUGUUGAUUAUAUCAUUAAAUCAGUUACUGAUAAGAAUGAUAAUAAAAUGCACUUUGAAAUCACUGGAAAACAUGAGUUUUAAGAUAAUGAUGUUGUUAUGAUCGAUAACAUAGAGGGAAUGAUUGAUUCAAAUGGAAAUUCUAUAAAUAAAACAAUCUAAAAAGUUAAAGUUAUUAGUAAAUCAGUAUUAGAAAUAUAAUUAAAUGGAUAUUCGAAAUAUAUUCGUAAUGGAACUAUUAAAUUAGUCAAAGUACCUGUAGAAUUAUCUUUUCUCCCCUAUAAUCAAGAAUUUAUAGAUAAACCAAUUUAUGAUCCAAAUAUGUCAGAAUAUGACUUUAUCAAAUUAUAAAAUACUGAGUAAUUACACAAUCUUUAUAAUAAUAAAUAAAUCAAAGAUUAGAAUUUAGAAUCUUUAUUUAAACAUUAUUCAACUUUGGGAGAAUUCCCUCCUUUGUCUGCUUAUUUAGGAGGAUUUGUAAGUUAGGAAGCAAUAAAAGGAAUAACAAACAAAUUUACUCCUAUUUAAUAACUAUUUUAUGUAGAUUGCACUGAAGUGUUAUAAUAAGAAAUAUCUAAAGAUGUUAAAAUCAAUGAAAGAUCAUUAAGUAGAUUCUUAGGAAUAGAAGUUUCUGAGAAAUUAGAGAAAUCUAAAGUAUUUAUGGUUGGAUGUGGUGCAAUAGGUUGUGAAUUACUAAAGAAUUUUGCUAUGCUUAAUUUAGGUGUGAAAGGUUGUCUUACAAUAACAGAUCCUGAUCAUAUUGAAGUGAGUAAUUUAAAUAGAUAAUUUUUAUUCAGAGAAAAACAUCUUAGAAAGCCAAAGUCUUAAACUGCUGCUGCUGCUGUAAUUUAAAUGAAUCCAUAUUUACGAGAUCACAUUAUAGCAAGACUUGAUAAAGUUCAUGAUUCAACUGAACAUAUUUAUUCAGAUCAAUUUUUUGAGGGUUAAGAUAUUAUUGCUAAUGCACUUGAUAAUGUUGCUGCCAGAAGAUAUGUUGAUAAAAGAUGUGUAAAUGCUAGAAAACCUCUUUUAGAAUCUGGUACUCUUGGACCAAAAGGUCAUGUAUAAUGUAUCAUUCCAUUUUAAACUGAAUCGUAUGGAAGUUCUAAUGAUCCUGUUGAAGAAGGAGAAAUUCCUUAUUGUACAUUAAAAAUGUUUCCAGAAGAAACUUUCCAUUGUGUAGAAUUUGCAAGAGAUAAAUUUGGAAAACACUUUUCAGCAAGACCUAAAUAAAUUAUCAAAAUGAUGGCUGAAGAUUACAUUCCUAGUUUAGAAGAUAAUAAACCAUUAAGAGAAAGUAUUAAAUUAUUCAAAAAUAAACCAACUUCCUUUUAAGAUUGUAUUAAAUGGGCAAGAGGUAAAUUCUAAAAAUAUUUUGUUAAUGAUAUCAAAUAACUUAUGUAUACUUAUCCAGAAGAUGCUAAAACUAAAGAUGGUAAUCUAUUCUGGACAAUGCCUAAACGUCCUCCUAAACCUAUUUAAUUUGAUCCUGAAAAUGAAAUUCAUUAAUAAUUUGUAUCAACUUUUGCUUUCCUCAGAGCCAAAAUGUUUGGUCUUCAAACAGAUAAAGAUUGGAGAACUAAAACUUAUAGAUAAUAAGUAGCAAAAGAAGCUAAUCUUAUUACUUUCCCUGAAUGGUAACCAAGUGAAGAAAAAAAGAAGGUAUUAAUUGUAUUGAUUAAUAUUUAUAGUCUAUAUCUGAUAAGGUUAAAGAGUAAGGGUAAAAAGAAGAAAUAGAAGAGAAUGAAUCAAAUCAAAAUUAAAGCACACAAGAAGAAACCUAAUUAUUAUUUAAAUAAUUUAGAUCCUUAUUGCCGAUAACUUUAUAAUCAGAUGAAUUUGAAAAAGAUUUUGAUUAAAAUGGUCACAUAGAUUUUAUACAUUCUUUUGGAAAUUUAAGAGCUGCAAAUUAUAAAUUAGAACCAAUGGAUUGGUUAACAGUAAAAAUUAAAGCAGGACGUAUUGUACCUGCUUUGGCUACUACAACUGCUGUGGUUGCUGGUUUAUAAACAAUAGAGUUAAUAAAAACAUUAAAGAAUGUAUAAAUUUCAGAUAUGAAAAAUGCUUUUGUCAAUCUGGCUAUUCCUUUUGUUAAAUUGACAGAACCAGGAUUGGUACCAAAAAAAAAAAUAAAUGAAAAAGUGACUGUUACAUUAUGGGAUAUUUGGACUCAUGAAAUAUCAAAAUCUACUACAUUUGGAUAAUUGUUUGAGAUUUUGAAUUAAUAAUAUGAUCUUCAUCCAAGAGAUGUAUUUUUGAAGGCUUAACCUGUAUACAUGGAAAUCAUGUAUGCAAAAAAGCCAGAAGAAAAGAAACAAUUUUUGAAUUAGGCAAUCAUAAAACUUUUAGAUAUACAAGUAUAGAUAUGAUUAAAUAUAUAUUAGAAAUAUGUUGAUUUGACUAUCAAUUUUACAUUGAGUGUAUAGAGUUAAGAAAUCAUAAAGGGAAUUCCUUAAGUAAGAUUGGUUUUAAAAUGA